CCCCUCAUCCCGUUGGGCCUCGUUCCGGUUCCGGUUUCGGUUUCCAAGUUAUCCAAGGGUCCUCAGGUCUCAUAUUGUAUUAUCACCAUCAUGUCUGCAAAGGUCUACGUUGGCAACUUGUCGUGGAAUACAACGGAUGAUUCCCUCCGUACAGCUUUCUCCCAAUUCGGCCAGAUCCUCGACUCGAUCGUGAUGCGCGAUCGUGAUACUGGUCGCUCUCGUGGCUUCGGUUUCGUCACUUUCAGCUCCGCCAAUGAGGCUCAAACCGCUAUCACCUCUCUCAACGAGCAGGAGCUCGACGGCCGUCGCAUUCGUGUCAACCUUGCCAAUGCCCGCAGCGGCGGAGGCGGAGGUGGCGGUGGCUACAGUGGCGGCGGCUCCGGCGGCGGAGGCUACCAGGGUGGUGGUGGUGGCUACAGUGGUGGCGGCGGCGGAGGCUACGGUGGCUACGGCGGUGCCCCCAGCGGCGGCUAUCAGCAGGGUGGCUACCAGCAGGGUGGCUACGGUGGUGGAAGCUACGGUGGCGGAGGAUACGGUGGUCAGAGCGGCGGCUACUAAGCUCCCUGUGUACCCCUAAUUCGCUGCUGCGAUCGUCUCACCUUUUCCCCCGCUCUGUAUUUCUCGAUUUCAAGUUUCUUGCUCAGCACCCGCUCAUCCACGACUGUCCUUACUGUUCGUCGUCGUUGUCACUACUUGCACUUGUCGUGUCCGUGCUCCCAUACCGGCUUGUACUUGUACGAUUACUACUCAGUGUAUCGCUCCCCUUCCCCCGUUACCCGUCUUGUCGCUCUCCCUUCUGCCCGUCUCCGUAGUUGUGGGUGGGUGUGCCCUUGUUCUGCUUACUCCUGUACUACCAUUGAUCGCUGCACACGAAGUAUGGCUUGAUAUUGGUUCUUCCUUG